GGGAGUUAUUCGUAAGUGAGAUAUCAAAAUAUUUACUUAACUUUUUGUUAACAGUGGAUUAAAACAAUAGUCAAAGCCUUCAGAAAAAAAGCUGAUUGUUGGUUAUUUAAUUUCAUAUGUAGGUUUUUAAUAUAUCGUGACUUUUGUUAAAUAAAGAUGGGAAAGAAAAACAAAAAAAUAAAAAAGGAUGUAUUUUCUGCAUUUUGUGACAAACAUUCUACGCAUGCUAUAGAAAUGUUUUGUGUGGAUUGUGACAAAGUUGUCUGUGUAAUUUGCCUAGCUACAGAACAUAAAAGUGACGCUCAUACGAAGAUACUUACAAUCGAAGAAGCAUCUACUGACUGCGCUAAAACUAAGGAGUUUUUAGAGUAUGAAGACAAACUUAAUACAGUUUUCACACGUGAAACUAAAACAUUGGCAGAUAAUGGCGAAGUUAAUACAAUAACGGAUCAAUUAAAAGAAGUAACAGAAUCUUUGAUUAAGAAGCAUAAACAGGACAUGAUUGAUCUGAUCGAAAAACAUUACAAGAUGUUAUAUGAGAGGCAUCGGCUCAAGUACGAGGAAUCAAAGAAAAGAUUACUGAGUGUGAAUGAGCAAUUGUGUAAAAAUGAGAAUAAAACUUCAGAGAUUCGUCAGGAAAUCAAUGCAAAAAAAGAGAGUGGACAAAACGUGGCAUUGUUUAUAGCUAUGAAAAAAUCUCAAGAUAAUGUACGGCAAAUUGAAAUUGAGCUAGAAGAAAUUGAAAAACUAAAUUUUGUUGAAAGGUAUGAGUUACAAGCAGGACACAUGGUGAUACAGCUUUUGGAGGAAGAGAAAGAAUUUGGUGAUUUAUUGGUAACGGCGUCCACGUCUCCAAAAGUACCACCACGUGAAUUAAAACCUCGUGGUGUUUUAGUGUUACCUUGUCAAAGCAAAGCAGGAGGACAAGAAGAUGUGGCUGAAGAAGAUGAACUUGAUGGUUACGAGCCUGUUGGACAAAUUGAUACAGCAGGAUCAGAUGAUGAUCAGGAGACUCGAACAAAAUCAUCUCCGCGCAGAGAUUCUACUCAGUCAUUAAAUACUGUAUUCACUGAAGAAACAAACGAACAAGAACGUUUAAGCGGAGACAACUUCAAAAAUCCUAACACAGGCAUGUAUCAAUAAUUAAAAUUAACAUCAGCACAUAUUCUGUGCUUGGUUGUAAAACGUCUUGUUUCCAAAACGUUGUUCGUUAUACAUUCCCGUCGUUAAAAGACCUUUCCCAAAUUACAGAGCAGAUGUUUUCUGAUCCUUACCGAUUAUAAAUGACAAUU